AUGGCAAAUGCUGACGACGAUCGCCUCGGUAGCUCCUUAUCGCCCAUAGGUGCACCGGAACCUGGAUCGGUUGUGCGCAAGAUCAGCUUUAACGGCGUUGUCAUGGACAAGCACGAGCGCGAAGCCUUACAGGACGGAGACGAAGAAGGAGAAGCAGAAGACCCAAAAGGAGACAACAGAGCAGACCCAGAAGAAGGUGAAAACGACCCAAAAGAAGAUGAAAACGACCCAAAAGAAGGACCAAAAGCUGCGAUCAAAAGAGCGCAAACUUUCAAGGACAAUAAUAAUGACGAUCAGGUCCGAAUUGUGAUUCGGCUCCGCCCUUUGGACUCGGUUCAUACUGACACCGAGUCCGAGUGUUUCCGCGUGCUAUCGGACGUGCAGCUGCUCGUGCAGCCGCCCAAGACGUCGCAGUCCUAUCGCUCCACUGGCACCGCCACGAGUUUUCACUUUUCGCGUAUUUUUCAGUCGGAAACGCAGCAAACGGAGCUCUUUGAAGCCACGACGAGACCGGUGCUGGAGGCGGCUUUCCAAGGCAAGAGCGGGCUCCUGUUCGCCUAUGGAGUCACGAAUUCGGGCAAGACGUACACGAUCAGCGGCACAGCGGAAGCUCCGGGGGUUUUGCCGCAGUCUCUUGAGUUUGUGAUGGAGAAAUUGUCAAAUCGCAGAGAAUCUGAUGUGCAGUCGGCGACGAAAGUGACGGUCACGUACCUUGAAAUUUACAAUGAAAAUGUAUACGAUUUGCUAUCGCCUGCUCGUCAGAAGCGGAGGGCGCUGCGUGUCCAGGACUGUGACGGAAAGAUUCAGGUCCGCGGAGCUGUUGAGAAGAUAGUCAGGACAUUGGAUGAGGGAAUGGAGUUGCUGGAGAUAGGUCGACGGCACAAACAGAUGGCCGAGACGAAUUGCAACUCGGAUUCAAGUCGAAGUCACUGUGUGUUUACACUGCAUUUUUAUCGUCACGGAUCGCGGGCUUCCUUGGAUCUGCUCAGUAAAGUAUCGAUCGUUGAUCUGGCAGGGUCUGAGCGCGGGUCCAAAAGUGGCGCAAGUGGACGCCGCAUGCAGGAGGCUAGUAAGAUUAACGGAUCGCUUAUGAAUCUCAUGCGUUGUCUCGAGACAUUGCGGUGGAAUCAGCAACACCCACCGAGCUUGCAGAAGAUGGUCCCGUUUCGCGAAUCUAAGCUCGCACGUCUUUUUCAAGAGAAUCUUGUCGGAAACGAUCAUGGUCCACUGGUGAUGAUUGUAGCUGUGAACCCAUCUUGUCACGAGUUCGAUGAGACUUUGCGCACGUUGAAAUACAGCGCCGUUGCGCGCGAGUUAGUAAGGACACGCACGUCUGUACCUAAAAAGGCUGCCCCCACUGCGACUUUCUACGAUCUGGAUGGGCGACUGAAAAAGCGGAGACGACAGUCAGCUGAGAAGGUCGCACAUCAGGCAUCGGACUCGACCGCUGAGGAAAAUGAUAUUGAGGCGACAGGAGGUGCUACGUUGUCUCCGACCAAAGCCCGAGUCGAGCAUCAGAAAAGCGACUCGGGACGCCGUCGUAUUAGAUCGGUCGGACAUUCGGCUGCUAUGCUAAGAACAGUGGAUGUGGGGACAUCUCCGAUAAAGUCGCGAAAGGAGGUUCUCAAAGGAGAAUUGUACUGGGCUGACCUGGAAAUGGAAAAUGAAGAACUUCGAGGACAGUUGGCGCAAGUCCGAGCUGGAGAGAUGCAACUGGAAGUUCGUAUCCGUGCGGAGGUCGUGGAAGAAAUGCGCGAGCAGCUGCAGCAGAUUCGCGCUCAGUAUCAAAGCACGCAGACUCAGCAGCGCGAAAAUUUACCUUCUGCACAAAAGAGACGCGAGCGUCAACACGCCGAAGAAUGCGAAAAACUUCGGACACAUGUGCAGGAACUGCGCGGAAAGGUGCGGGAAUGCGAGGACGAGAUCCAGCGUCUCCAUAAGCGCCAUCAAGCAGAGCUCGACAAAUUAGAGCCAAAUUUUGUAGUAAUUCCAGUAGAAGACGAGAAGUUGUGA